AUGGGUGCUAUUGGGCGGAUCACCAAGUUCAGCUGCGGCGGGUACGCCGUCGGCAUUUGCUUCAGCCACCUGGUGUUCGACGGCCAGGGCGCGGCGCAGUUCCUCACGGCCGUCGGCGAGAUGGCGCGGGGCCUCCCGGAGCCGUCGACCAAGCCGAUCUGGUCCCGCGACGCCAUCCCCAACCCGCCCAAGCCGCCGCUCGGCCCGCCGCCGUCCUUCACCGCCUUCAACUUCGUCAAGUCCACCGUCGAGAUCUCGCUGGACAGCAUCAAGCGCGUCAAGGACCAGGUCGCCGCCGAGACGGCCCAGAGGUGCUCCACCUUCGACGUGGUCACCGCCAUGAUCUUCAAGUGCCGGGCUGCGGCCAUCAGGUCCGCGCCCGACGCCGAGGUGCGCCUGGGCUUCGCCGCCGGCACCCGCCACCUGCUUACCAACGCGCUGCCGUCGCCCGACGACUACUACGGCAACUGCGUGUACCCUGGCGGCCUCGCCAGGACAAGCCAAGAGGUGACCGAGGCGUCGCUGGUGGAGAUCGUGACGGCGAUCCGGGAGGCCAAGGAUGCGCUGUCGGCGCGGUUCUUGGACUGGCUGGGCGGCGGCGCCAAGGACAGCCACUACAACGUGUCGCUGGACUACGGCACGCUGGUGGUGACCGACUGGAGCCACGUCGGGUUCAACGACGUCGACUACGGCUUCGGCGAGCCCACCUACGUCUUCACAUUGAACGACGAUGUCAACAUUGUGCCGUCCGUGGUGUACCUCAAGCCGCCCAAGCCGAAGCAGGGCAUCCGGCUGGUGCUCCAGUGCGUCGAGGAGCCGCACGCAGCCGUCUUCACCGAUGAGCUUGAGAAGCUCGCCUAA